CCCAACGUUCAUCUUCUUCUUCUUUGCACACUCGCCUGCAGAGUGGGACUCUUACGUUACUGAGACAGUUUGCUUGUCUCUGUGUCUGUUUUUUUGUGUUUGUCACCGCUGUUGAUUCCUCCUUGUCGGUGGGAAGUCCAUACUCGCCGAAGACCAUCAUGCUGAUCCUGGUGCCACUGGCGUCCCUUCUCUUCCUGGCCGCAGUGCCCGAGCCGUCCCAGGGCAUCGUGAUCUACACGGGCUGGGAGCGCCACGCCCUGGUGGGCACCGAGGUGCGGCUCUCCUGCUCCUUCUUCUCCUGGCGCUGGACCUCCGAGGACGUCACCUUCUCCUGGACCUACAGACCUGACGGGUCCAGGGACAGCAUCUCCAUCUUCCACUACACGGGCGGCAUGGCCUACGUGGACAACAAGGGUCCCUUCAGGGACCGGCUGGAGUUCGUGGGGGACCCCAGCCGCCGUGACGGCUCUAUCCUGCUCAAGAACUUGGAGUUCAGCGACAACGGAACGUUCACCUGCGACGCCAAGAACCCGCCCGACAUCGUGGGCCGGCCCUCCAACGUGCGCCUGCUGGUCUUUGAGAAAGUGCCCAUCCAGGCGGGCGUGAUCACGGGUUCCAUUGUGGGCGCGGUGCUGGGCCUGCUACUGCUCAUUGUGGUCAUCUACUACCUGAUGCGCUUCCUGGUGGCGCGCCGCGUCUUCAGCCUCAGUGUCAGCAAACACGGCAAGAAAAAGAAGGAGGGAUCACAGCAGAGACAGUCUGGUGCAGAGAAGAAGAGGAAGAAGAAGAAUUGUGACUUAGAUGAGCUGAAGAAGGAGGUGGCCUUGGAUGACCACAAAAUCUCAGUGGAUGACCUGUGCAAGCGAUAUGGAUUGGACAUUGUAAAGGGCCUCACCAAUGCUAAGGCCGCCGAGGUUCUUGCCAGGGAUGGGCCCAACGCCCUGACACCGCCGCCCACCACGCCCGAAUGGGUCAAGUUCUGCCGCCAGCUGUUCGGCGGCUUCUCUAUCCUGCUGUGGAUUGGCGCCAUCCUCUGCUUCCUGGCCUACAGCAUCCAGGUGGCCUCCGAGGACGAGCCACCCAAUGACAACCUGUACCUGGGUGUCGUCCUGGCUGCCGUGGUCAUCAUAACGGGCUGUUUCUCGUACUACCAAGAGGCCAAGAGCUCACGGAUCAUGGACUCCUUCAAGAAAAUGGUGCCUCAGCAAGCUAUGGUGAUCCGCGAGGGGGGAAAGGUGCAGAUUGACGCCGAGCUGGUGGUGCAGGGAGAUCUGGUGGAGAUCAAAGGCGGGGACCGGAUCCCGGCUGACCUGCGAGUCAUCGCUGCCAGCGGAUGUAAGGUGGACAACUCGUCACUGACCGGUGAGUCAGAGCCCCAGACUCGCACUCCUGACUUCACGCAUGACAACCCCCUGGAGACCCGCAACAUCUGCUUCUUCUCCACAAACUGCGUCGAGGGCACAGCCCGUGGUGUGGUGAUUGCCACCGGGGACCGCACAGUUAUGGGCCGCAUUGCCACGCUUGCGUCGGAGCUGGAGGUGGGACGCACGCCCAUCAACAUCGAGAUCGAACAUUUCAUCCAUAUCAUCACGGGCGUGGCUGUCUUCCUGGGAGUCAGCUUCUUCGUACUGUCCUUCAUCCUCGGCUACACCUGGCUGGAGGCUGUCAUCUUCCUCAUCGGCAUCAUCGUAGCCAACGUACCCGAAGGCCUCCUGGCCACCGUCACUGUGUGCUUGACCCUGACAGCCAAGCGCAUGGCCAAGAAGAACUGCCUGGUAAAGAACCUGGAGGCCGUGGAGACUCUUGGCUCCACCUCUACCAUCUGCUCGGACAAGACGGGCACGCUGACGCAGAAUCGCAUGACUGUCGCCCACAUGUGGUUCGACAACCAGAUCCAUGAGGCCGACACCACCGAGGACCAGAGCGGUUCGUGUUUUGACAAGAGUUCUUUGACUUGGGGGGCGUUGUCCCGUGUGGCAGCCCUGUGCAACCGGGCCGACUUCAGAGCUGGACAGGAGCAAGUCCCUAUCUUGAAGCGGGAGACGGCGGGCGAUGCAUCCGAGUCGGCGCUGCUGAAGUGCAUCGAGUUGUGUUGUGGUAAUGUUCGAAAGAUGCGAGACGUGAACGCCAAAGUGGCAGAGAUCCCCUUCAACUCCACCAACAAGUACCAGCUCUCCAUCCACAAAGCAGAGGACAAUCCUGCUGGUCAUAUUCUGGUCAUGAAGGGAGCGCCUGAGAGAAUCCUGGACAGGUGCAGCUCCAUCAUGAUACACGGCCAGGAGCAGACCAUGGACGACAAGUGGCGGGACGCCUUCCAGAACGCCUACAUGGAGCUGGGCGGUCUGGGAGAGCGAGUGCUUGGCUUUUGCCACCUGAACCUGCAGCCGUCGCAGUUCCCCCGAGGAUUCGCCUUCGACUGCGACGAUGUGAACUUCCCCACUGAGCAGCUCUGCUUCCUGGGCCUCAUCUCCAUGAUUGAUCCUCCGCGCGCCGCCGUGCCCGACGCCGUGGGUAAAUGCCGCUCGGCUGGCAUCAAGGUGAUCAUGGUCACUGGCGACCACCCAAUCACAGCCAAGGCCAUUGCAAAAGGGGUGGGGAUCAUCUCAGAGGGCAAUGAGACGGUGGAGGACAUUGCCGAGCGCCUCAACAUCCCACUCAGCCAGGUUAACCCCAGGGACGCCAAAGCCUGCGUGGUUCACGGUUCGGACUUGAAGCACAUGAGCUCUGAGUACCUGGACGACCUGUUGAGGAACCACACCGAAAUCGUGUUUGCGCGCACCUCACCGCAGCAGAAGCUCAUCAUUGUAGAGGGUUGCCAGAGACAGGGGGCCAUUGUGGCAGUGACGGGGGAUGGCGUCAAUGACUCGCCAGCCCUGAAGAAGGCAGACAUCGGUGUCGCCAUGGGGAUUGCCGGUUCAGACGUGUCCAAGCAGGCGGCUGACAUGAUUCUGCUGGACGACAACUUUGCUUCCAUUGUCACCGGCGUGGAAGAGGGGAGGCUCAUUUUUGACAAUCUGAAGAAGUCCAUCGCUUACACGCUGACCAGCAACAUCCCUGAGAUUUCACCCUUCCUGCUCUUCAUCAUUGCCAGCGUUCCCCUUCCUCUGGGAACAGUCACCAUCCUCUGCAUCGACUUGGGCACGGACAUGGUUCCUGCCAUCUCUUUGGCCUACGAGACGGCAGAGAGCGACAUCAUGAAGCGCCAGCCCAGGAACCCAAAAACGGACAAGCUGGUCAAUGAGCGACUCAUCAGCAUGGCCUAUGGGCAGAUAGGUAUGAUCCAGGCUCUGGGCGGCUUUUUCACCUACUUUGUCAUCUUAGCCGAGAACGGCUUCCUGCCGAGCGCACUGCUUGGCAUCCGGAUAAACUGGGAUGACCGGAUGGUCAACGACAUAGAGGACUUUUACGGGCAGCAGUGGACCUACGAGCAGAGGAAGAUCGUGGAGUUCACGUGCCACACUGCUUUCUUCGCCAGCAUCGUGGUGGUGCAAUGGGCCGACCUUAUCAUCUGCAAGACCAGGAGGAACUCGUUAUUCCAGCAGGGCAUGAAGAACAGAAUCUUGAUCUUCGGCCUAUUCAUUGAAACAGCCCUUGCCGCUUUCCUCUCCUACUGCCCCGGAAUGGAUGUGGCCCUGCGCAUGUACCCACUCAAGAUUGGAUGGUGGUUCUGCGCCUUCCCGUACAGUCUUCUGAUCUUCGUCUAUGAUGAAAUUCGUAAAUUAAUUCUGCGGAGGAACCCUGGAGGCUGGGUGGAGCAGGAGACAUAUUAUUAACAUUCAGAAGACAUCAGCGUCAAAGCCAACGCGUGUGCGUGUGUGUUUGUCUGUGCAGCAAUAUUUGCAUAGAUCAGAUGACAAAUAUCAUUAGUCUGAAAUGAUCAGAUGCUAAUAAUCGUCGCUGAAAAUGGGAUUUUGAUUGUUUGUACAAAAAAUGGGAAUUCACUUGGAUACACUGUGAUGCAUUGUCAUGGGCUAGUUUGUGGUUUAUUUAGUUUUUACAUGCUUUCCUGUAUUCCAUGUCUCAUAUGCUCAUUGUUAGCUGUGUCCACCUGUUCUCGUGAUCCUCCUACAUUGUCUUGACAAUCUGCUCCCUCCAGUCACUCGUGUCUUUUCCAAGUGUUCCUCAUUGUCUCGCCACUAUGUAUGUAUUUAGCACUCUAGUUUCUUUCAGUUCUUGUCUGUCCAUUGUUUGUCUGUGUCAUAUCAGUUAUAUCCUCAGUCAUGUUUUGUUUCCAGUUGUAGUUAUUUUUUUCAAGUGUUUGUUACUUUGUUGAGUUUUUGUUGAAAAUUAAAUAUCAUUUUGAGACUCCUGCA